CAUGGCUGAGUCAGGUUGCAAUAACAUCAUCUUCUCCAGCAGCUGUACAGUGUACGGGGAGCCUUCGAGGGAGCAGCUGCCAAUCACGGAACAGACACCUGCAGGGGGGUGCACCUGUGCAUACGGGAGGACCAAGUACUUCAUUGAGCAGAUGCUCUCGGACUACUGCAGGGCAAACGAGAGUUUCAAUGCAGUCAAUCUCCGGUACUUCAACCCGGUCGGAGCUCACGAGUCCGGCACUAUAGGCGAAGAUCCGACCGGAGUUCCGAACUGUUUGAUGCCUUUCGUAGCACAAGUGGCCACUGGCCGAAGAGCCGAGUUGGGUGUUUUCGGGAACGACUACGACACUCCCGACGGGACUGCAAUUCGCGACUACGUGCACGUUGUAGACAUUGCAAUUGGACAUGUGGCUGCCCUCGAAAAACUAAUCGACAACUCUCUGAAAAAGUUUUUAAUUUACAAUCUAGGAACUGGGAAAGGACACUCGGUGUUAGAGGUCGUGGAGGCGUUCCGGAAAGCGUCAGGAGCCGAGAUCCCCUAUGUCAUCAAGCCGAGACGGGAGGGCGAUGCAACCGAAGUGUAUGCCGACUGCUCUUUGGCUAAGCGAGAUUUAGGCUGGGAAGCCACCCGUGAUCUGGAAACCAUGUGCAGAGAUUUCUGGACGUGGCAGAGUAAAAACCCAGAAGGCUACAGACAGACGGAAAAAGAUGUAAAGGACAGACGUUUCAUUAGUUGUCCCAAAUUGUAGCCGAAUGAGUUCUGACAAAACUAGUUUCUGCAUGUUUUGCGCUAGUUCUGCAAUGGAGAAGAUUAAUUUUACUUUAAA